AGACCUUGAGGUGCUCAGAGUCAGACAAGAGUAAAGAGGCGUGUGAUGGUUCUGCCUUAGUACUUGUACAGGCAGGAGUGUUUCCAGUACUUCUUUGUACAACUCACUGAGGGAAUGGGAAACUGUUUUAUAGCUCUGGAAACAUAAGCACAGUAAGAAUGUCUGAGGCUAUUCGAUGCACUCUCGUGAACUGUAGUUGUCAGUGUUUCAAACCUGGGAAAAUAAAUCAGCGACAGUGUGACCAAUGCCGGCAUGGAUGGGUAGCACAUGCCCUGAGCAAAUUAAGGAUUCCCAACCUCUACCCAUCAAGCCAGGUAGAAAUAGUUCAAUCCAAUGUUGUCUUUGAUAUCAGUAGCCUCAUGUUGUAUGGAACCCAAGCCAUUCCUGUGCGCCUUAAAAUUCUGCUAGAUCGGCUUUUCAGUGUUCUGAAGCAGGAAGAAGUGAUACAAAUUCUCCAUGCUCUGGAUUGGACACUACAGGAUUAUAUACGUGGAUAUGUGCUACAGGAUGCUUCAGGAAAGGUGCUGGAUCACUGGAGCAUAAUGACCACUGAAGAAGAACUGGCUACUUUGCAGCAGUUUCUUCGUUUUGGAGAAACUAAGUCCAUUGUAGAGUUAAUGGCAAUUCAAGAGAAAGAAGGGCAAUCAAUUAUAAUACCACCACCAACUGCUAAUUUGGAUAUUAGGGCAUUCAUUGAGAGCUGCAAUCAACACAGUCCUAAUUUUUCUGCUUCCUUGGACAAAAUGAGUCCCACCAACAUUCAUCCCUUUGAAAAUAUUGUAAAUAACAUGGCUUUCAUGCUGCCAUUUCAGUUUUUCAGUCCAGUGCCUCCACCUUUGAUAGGUUCACCACCAGAAAGACAUUUGAUUGAGCAAGGUCAAGACCAUAGCAAUGAAACUAAACAAGAUGUUCAGAUGCCAUUUUCUGAAAGCAGCUUCUUAACUUCUAGUUCUGCACCAUUUCAAGUUGAAAAUGAGAGCAGCAUAAAUGGUCCAGAUGUCACUACUAAAACAGAAGAUGAUGCCCUUUUAAGUGAUUCCAGUUCACAUAAUACAGCAGCAAAGCUUGAAAUGACAGCACUAUCUCCAGAAAACAAAAUGAAAUCUGUUGAAAAAAAUGGCGCUGGGCCAAGGAAAGGGCGUGUUUUCUGCACUGCAUGUGAAAAGACAUUUUAUGACAAAGGUACUUUGAAAAUACAUUACAAUGCUGUUCAUCUGAAGAUAAAGCACAAAUGCACAAUUGAGGGCUGCAAUAUGGUAUUUAGCUCUUUGCGUAGCCGAAAUCGUCAUAGUGCAAAUCCUAACCCCAGACUCCAUAUGCCAAUGAACAGAAAUAACAGGGAUAAAGAUCUAAGAAAUGGUUUGACCAUUGCUGGACCUGGAGAUAGUAAAAGGACAGAAUUUACAAUUUUAACUCCGGAUAGCAGAACUAUUACCAGCUAUGCCAGCUCCUGUACAGAUUCAAAGGGUCAGGCUGGAUUUCCCAGUAUUGGACAGAAUGGUGUCCUCUUUCCAAACCUGAAGACAGUACAGCCUGUCCUUCCUUUUUAUCGUAGUCCAGUCACACCAGCUGAGCUUGCUAAUACUCCAGGUACUCUUCCUUCUCUGCCUCUUGUUUCUUCCUCAAUACCAGAGCAGCUUGUUUCAAAUGAAUUGCCAUUUGACAUGCUACCCAAGAAGAAAUCUCGUAAAUCAAGUAUGCCUAUUAAGAUAGAGAAAGAAGCUGUUGAGACACCUAAUGAAAGUAGUGAUGUUGCCAGUUCUGAAGAUGAUACACGUCUGCAAGUGGUAAGCGAUGGAGAGCUUGAGACCUGUGAGCAUAAGAUAGAGAAGCGGGUGACCGACAGGGUGGAAAAGCACCCCCAUUCAGGUAAUUCAUGGAAAUCUAUCUCUGGGGUAGAGGGCCCAAAGUAUUUUGAAUCUGUCUUUGCGCCAAAUAACAAAUACAUCAAGGAUAUCUCUGAGAAUGAAUUGCAUCACUGUGAGAAAGAGGUUAAACCAGAAGAAAACCAACCUUUAAAAAUAGUUUCCCAUGAGAUUAUAUAUGAAGAUCCAAAACACCACCACAAUGAUGUUAUAAAACCAAUGACUGAACCCCCCAUGUAUAUUAAAGAGCAGUCAAAGCGCAGGAUCCCUAAAAAUGACUGCCCUGAAUUGCAACACCACUUGCUGACUGGGGGCUUUUUCAGCACUUUGUCAAACAGGGGUGCUGCCAUUCCUUGUUUUGAAGACUCUAAAGAUAUGGAUCAUGUCAGUCAACAUGCACUAGGGAUUCAGAAGGAAGAAAGCCGCUUUCAUUGUGACAUCUGUAAGAAGACUUUUAAAAACCCUUACAGUGUAAAAAUGCAUUUUAAAAAUGUACAUCUCAAAGAAAUGCAUAUUUGCACAGUUGAGGGCUGUAAUGCUGCUUUCCCUUCUCGUAGAAGUCGAGACAGACAUAGUUCAAACCUAAAUCUUCAUCAUAAGCUUCUGACUAAAGAUACACUGGAAUUCAACAACCAUUUCAAUGCAACAUACCUCUUGAAAGACAUGGCUAAGGAGUUUUGUCAAGAUGUCUCUUUAAAACAACAUGUUGGACAUACUUCUGUAAUCUUCAAAGGAAUGAACAGAACAGGCAGCUUGGUUUUUCCAAUGAGCAAAAUUAGAGAACCCUGUUCUGAGAGUUAUGGAUACGAUCCAUUGAAUGAUGGAGCUGUUCUGGAUCUAAGCACUACUUCCAGCAUUAAAUCUGAGAGCAGUGCUCAUUCUUCUUGGGAUUCUGACGGAGGAAGUGAAAUAUGCACCAUGCCUUUGGAUGAUAGUGAUGAAAGCUGUGAAGGACCCAGCCUAAUGCCCAAUGAUGAACUCUACCAAGACUGUACUUUAAUUGAGAAAGCUAAUCAAAACUUUACAAAUCUACCUUCCAGUUUGCCAAUAACUUGUCAUAUAUGUCAAAAAACAUAUAGUAAUAAAGGGACUUUCAGGGCUCAUUACAAAACUGUGCAUCUCCGCCAGCUCCACAAAUGUAAAGUCCCAGGUUGCAACACAAUGUUUUCAUCUGUUCGCAGUCGGAACAGGCACAGUCAAAACCCUAAUCUGCACAAAAGUCUGGCUGGGUCACCAACUAGCCUACAGUAAGAUCAUGCUGAUCUUAAUUUAUUUCUGCUAAGAAUUAAUCAUUUCAAUUAAGGAAUGUGUUAACAUUAGUUUUAUUUAAACUCCUUUGACUUCUAGCCCACUCAACAACCACGGUUAAAUUCUUUUUUCCUAUGUGUGCUCUCCAGCAGUUUCAUUUAGCAAAGCUUGGUGCUGUAGUUUUUGUGCAAUUGUUUGGUUUGAUGUUAAAUAGCUAAAGCUUCUGUAAGGAAAAGAAAGCAUCUUAGAAAUGGGGGAAAUAUGGUGACAUUAACUAAAGUAUUUCUGAUACCUGUGAAGUAUUACUUGCCAACAAUAGAAGCUUCAAAUGAGAACCAUCAUCCCUUGUGUUUACAUGUUAAAUGAGUUGUUGUGUCAUGUAAGAAAUGAGUAACGAUUGGGGUGAGUUUCCUCUGGUUGGGUUGAGAGUUUUGGGGCUACCAUUUCGUUCCUGAGACCAUAGUCUGAAGCUGACUUGCCGUAUUAGUUGAAUGUGGUAUUUGCAGUUUACUAUAUCCCAAAAUCCAAAAGAUAAAAUACAAAUUUGGAAAGACUUUAAAUACAGUCCAAAUCUUCUGAAAAUCCUGCAGUCCUUACUCUUUAAGUUGACAUUUCAUUUGAAUAGAGAUUGCAGUAUUUUGGCUUUCUUGGAAUUUAGUACCCUUUGGUUUGCAAAAGGAGGGGCUACCUAACUUGGUAGGGUUGCCUGAAUAAAUCUCAAACAUUCUGACAAAUUGUAGUGAUAGAAAGAAUGAAUGGGUUAAGCUAAAAUUUCUAAACCACAGCAAAUGCAUCCAUAAAAUAGGGGGGGAAAGUAAACCCUUUAAUUUAAAAUGCACUUUUUGAGUUCCACUUCCAGGAAGGGAAGAGUUUUUGUUAAAAAUAGGGGGUGGGGAAGGAAAAAAAAAAAGGGGGGGGGGGAAGCAACCAAAUAUCCAAACUGCUUAAGAGUUUAAAAAUGCAAUUCUAAGCCUUUGAGAGACAGAAAUAAAAUGGAUGCAGUAGAUAUCUUUCAUGAUUCAGCAGUUAUUGUUUCUCUUACCAGUGGGGGAAAAAACCACGUUGUUCUUUGUAACGAUAGAAGAAUGCUUAUUCUCAUUCACACCUUUUUUUUAUGAGAACAUGGUUCAUUAUCUGUUAAAAUGUUUAAUAUCUUUGUACUUGUCCCUGUAAUUAACAGUAUUCUGCAUUAUGUUCUAUGCACUUAGGAAGACUGGUCUUGCAUUGUAUUUAAAAAACACUUUAAUAUUUAAUUUGUAGUCACAUCAUACAAAUGUUGUGUGUGUACUUG